CAACAUUCAAGGAUUCAUUUGUGUUGUAUAUGCAUGUACUGCUGUAUGUGACUUUGUAUGUAAAGCAACUUAAGUUGGUGUCUGUUUCUAACUAGUGGUUUCAGCAUCCCUGAAAUGACCGCAUUGAGUGUGUCCAAGGUGACAGUGACGAAGGCAGGUUGACGGCAAGUCGUCACGAAGGAGGAAUGAUUUUUCUCUCUGCCGGAUAUAGACACUGACAAUGCGAGAGAUCAUAAGCCUUCAUAUUGGGCAGGCAGGCGUACAGGUCGGGAACGCUUGCUGGGAACUGUUUUGCCUGGAACAUGGUAUCGGAUCAGGUGGUCGCCGAGUCGACCAGGUGAACGGGGGAGAUUUCAUUUCAUCCGAUUCCUCGUUCAAUGCUUUCUUCGCAGAAACAGCACAGAAGCAAUAUGUUCCAAGAUGUGUGAUGGUUGAUUUGGAGCCAACUGUUGUGGAUGAUGUUCGAAAAGGGAGUUACGGGAAACUCUUUCAUCCUGACUACCUCUUGUCGGGAAAGGAAGAUGCUGCGAACAACUUUGCCAGAGGAUAUUACACCGUCGGCCGAGAGAUGGCCGAUACAGUGAUGGAGUGCAUUCGUCGCCUUGCCGACAACUGCGACGGUCUCCAAGGGUUCUUAGUGUUCCAUGCUGUCGGUGGUGGGACUGGUAGUGGUCUCGGCUGCCACCUCAUGGAAACGCUAUCUGUGGAGUUCGCGAGGAAACCGAAACUCAACUUCUGUGUUUGGCCGAGUCCGCAGGUGUCAACUUCUGUCGUCGAACCUUACAACGCCGUCCUGAGCUCUCACUCUCUGUUGGAGUAUACUGACGUGGCGGUGAUCCUCGACAAUGAAGCUGUUUAUGAUAUAUGUCGCCGAAAUUUGGAUAUACAGAUACCUUCCUAUUGCGAUCUCAAUAGAAUCAUUGCACAGGUCAUCUCUUCGGUCACCACCUCUCUUCGUUUCGACGGCGCACUCAAUGUGGACAUGACAGAGUACCAGACGAAUCUGGUGCCAUAUCCGCGCAUUCAUUUUCUGCUGACCAGCUACGCGCCACUUUUGUCCGCAAGCAAAUACAGACAUGAGCAAAUGAACGUCAGGGAGAUCACUGUUGCUGCAUUCGAAGAAAGAAACAUGAUGGCCAAGUGUUGCCCCUCUAAGGGGAAGUACAUGGCUUGUUGUUUGAUGUACAGAGGGGAUGUUACUCCAAAGGAUGUUAAUGCUGCAAUGGGGACCAUCAAAUCAAGGCGAGACAUCAACUUCGUCGAUUGGUGCCCCACUGGAUUCAAAACUGGUUUAAACUACCAGCCACCUACAUUCGUGCCAGACAGUCACCUGGCUGCAGCGCCGCGCUCUGUUUGCAUGAUGAGCAACUCCACGGCAAUCAAGGAGGUUAUACAGAGGAUAGACAUCAAGUUUGACAAAAUGUACUCCAAGAGAGCCUUUGUCCACUGGUUCGUAGGUGAAGGAAUGGAAGAGGGACAACUCACUGAAGCACGCGACGACUUGGCAGCUCUGGAGAGAGACUACGACGAAGUUGCCUCUGACACAAAGAUGGAUGCCGACGACGAAGAGGAUUUGAAUGAGGAUUUCUUCCCGAACUGAGCAGUUUGUCGGGAAUCAGAUAGAAGCCUUCUGUUUGUUUAUGGAAUGACAGUGGGGCGUCUACACGCAGUGUUACUACUCUAAGAGAAUGGCGCUACCCGAAACAGGGAAGGAGCGUUUUCUCAGCAGUCCUCUCUCAGUAUGUUGUUAAACGCAGUUUUCCGAUGGCAUUUUAAGCAUGCUGCCACAAUUGUCACGAUUUACUGGAUUUUUCAAGAUAAUUCACUCCGGUCGUUUCACGAAGCACUGUACGUCCUAUCAGAUGUGCCUUUAGCUCUACAAAGAAGGGUUGAGGGAAGUGUCUGUCUACUGCUGUUUGUCUAAUCAACGUUUCAAAUGCCUGGCACGCAUGAAAGCGCCACCGGGCAUGUGAAAGGAAUUGUUAUAAUCGAGCUUCGCUGACCCUAGCCACUCACGCCCUGUAAACUUUCGGCAUGUGCUCGUCGGUAUCUCAUUCCAUUUCACAAGUGGCUUCUGCCACAUACGCAGGCCCCAACAGCUGUCUGUGAUGCGUUUUCAGUGAUAAGAAAGGGGAAACUACGUGGAUGUGUUUUUUUGACGCUUUCUACGGUUUCUUCAUUUUGUUUAUUCGCGGCGCGGAGAAACUGCACAAGGCUUGUGUGUCUAUCCUGUAUUUCAAGAUCUGUCUGAGCUGCUGGUUUGAUAUCAAAACAUUGAAGUUCAAACAAUACAUGUGCAGAUGAAUCCAAUGUAUGCUCAUAUAUUACUGUGGAAUUAUAUGCAUUCACACAUACACUCUUCCGCGGUCAAGCAUAACAGUGAUUUUGUUGUGUCACAACAGAGGUGUUCAUUUGAAGAGAAUAUUUUUCUA